AUGGAGGAACUACCAAGUGACUUUAGUGACAGUAGUGAUGAAAGUGUAGAAUUGUUAAUGACCACAAGAGAGCGCCGCUCAAAUGCUGGUAAUAAACUGAAAAAACUGCUGGAAGAAGAGUUAGAACACGAAAACAACGUGAAGGGCCAGUACCAGGAUAAUGAGGAUGAACUUGAUCUCUUAUUCCAAGAAGAUGAAGACGAUCAGGAUUUUGACUUUGAAUCGACAACUGUGAAAAAGAUAAAGACGGUGGGAGAGUACGAUGACUUAUUGUUCAGUGAGUCUGAGGAUGAGCCUGAAUCAAACUCAGCUAGUGAUGAAGAAGCUGAGCUAAGAAGACAAGAAAGGUUGCAAAAGAGAAAAGCUCAAAAGAAGAAAAGUAUGCCCGCUAUAAAGAGAACAGUGACAGCCAAUGACAGCGUUCAAGCAGCCAAGAAGAGGAAGAUGAUUAGUGAGGAAAUUAAUGCUGAGAGUUUGUUAAAAGCAACGAGACGUACAUCCAAGAGAACGUCAGUCGUGGAAAACAAACUGAAAGUUUAUGAAAGAUUAUCGAAGGCUGAAGAGAAAAGAAAGUUGAUCAAAGAGAAGUUAGAAAAGCAAAGGCAAUUAAAAGCAGAGCAUUUUAAAUCUUUAACACAGGAAGAUAGACUCAAUAUUGCAAAGGAAACCGAAAAGACAAAUUUAUUGAGCUUGAAUAAGUAUAGAGAGCAAGAAGUUUAUCAGAAGCAGAGGCGAUUAGCAUUACAAAAUCAGGCAAAACUGAACAGAUUCAGGCCUAAUGAAUUGAUUCUAGAAUACUUAUCAACAACGUGGACGGUAACCCCUUUUAUGGAGUUAGAAGACAGCAAGUACUGGACAUCUGAACUAUUAAGAAGAGAUAAGAUUUACAAUAAAAGACUAUAUCGAAGAAAAUAUUCCAGGAAGAAUAAAAUGAAAAAGCUUGAAGAGCAAAAGAAUGAAAGUAUGCAGAAUGAAAACGUUAGGUCCAACCCUGUUGAUGGACCGUCUGGGGACAAGAAGUUGGAUUUCCCGGAAAAGCGGGCUCUCACCUCAAAUGACGUGCUUAGAGAGUCUUCUGUGGAACCAAAUCAUAAAAAUGGGGGCGAACUUGGCAAUAAUUCUGAACCGUACAAAUCAGAAGCUGCUUUUAAUGAGCAUCACCCUGAUUCGAAACAGCCUCUGGAUAGACAGCCCAUUAAUGAAGGAAACUCAUUAUCUCAUGAAGCCUCUGUAGAUUCUAAUGGUUCGACUGAAAUAAGUAUGCAAGACAGUAAUUCUAUUUCUCAUGGACUAACCCUACAUAAUAGGCAGGCUUUUGAGGCAACCUCUGUAGAUGAGUAUCAAACUGAGGGAUCUAGAGAGGCUUUUACUGUUUUGCCUGAGAAAGAAAGUGACAAUGGUGGUGAAAGUUCCGCUGCUGGGCCUACGCUUGAGGCCUUAGAUAGUCAAACAAAGACAGCAGAAGACACAUACUCUUCAGUUCCUUUAAAACACGAAGACAUUGAUGAAAAGGGACAUGUCGGCAGUGUCAUUGCCGAUGGAAAGCAAGUAAAGUUUGAUAUAGAACCGCAGGUUAAUCUCAUCGAUGAUACUAUUUCACCUGCAAUAGAGAAUGAGGUAGAAGAGACGAAGGACACGAAUAAAUCUGAAGACAUACUGGUGUUCGAAGGACCCCUGCAACAAGUGGGUAAAAACUUUGUUACUGCUUUUUUUUAUUCCUCCAUGAUCAACCCUGAUACAAAAUACGAUAAAAAACCAACAUACAAUAUUCUUGGGGAGAAGAAGCCUGUAGUAGAACAGCUAAAGUUUGAACCAAUGUUACGAUCAAGGUUAGAGAUCGAAGAGGGCACAGAAUCGGCCUCUCAGCUUCAGUUGCCUAGCUUGGAUAUUUUAAAUAGCUUUCCUAAAUUUGGAGAGUUUGAUAGAAAGGUCAAAGAAGAUGUUAAAGUUGAAGAAAAUAAAGAUAACACGUUUAAGAUAAUUACUCCUGCACCCACUGGUAUUUAUGUCGCUUCAACCAAUAACACAAGUACAAACGUAAAGAAGAAAUGUCUCAUUAACAAUGACGACUGUCAUUACUUCGAUCCAAAAUUGGGUAUCCCAUAUUCAAAUUUGAAUAGUUAUAAGGUUAUUCAAAGAAUUCACCAGUGUCAGGAAGAAGGUGAGGAGAACUAUAAAUGGUUUGGGUUCAAAAAUGGUGGUCUUUUCCUGAAUACAACUCAGAAGCCGGCCAAAGGUGUGCCUGAAAAUUUCUAUUGA